AUGUUAGGACAAUGCAGUGGGCCUAUAUGGCGAGUCGAUGAUUUCACAAACUGCGUUCAGAGAGAUUAUCUCAAAGUACUUUUUCCAUUAAUAGUUAUCGGCCUUUCGUUCCUCAAUCUUUUAAUAUCUGUCAUUCGCCGGAAAGUCAAAUUAAAACAGAAACAAAAGUAUUGGCAGCUUCGAAAUGGAUCAAUUGACCAUGCGACGACAAACCGCAAUGGAUUCACUCAUCAUAAUGGGGAGGCAGUUGCGAAUGGAAAUGAUCACACCGCUAUCGAGGAGGAAGAUGAGGUUUUGACGAUGAAUGGUGGUGGGCGAUUAGUAUUGACCAAAACGACUACUCAAGGGUCGGUUGCCGCCAUUGAUAAUCCGAGAGGGCAAAAUACCUUGACGGUCAUUGAACUCCUCGCCAUCACGGCAGAGAUCGGUAUUCAUAUCGCAGUUGUUUCACUCGGAGCAUAUGGUUCAAAAGGGUUUAUGGCUGCAACUGCUGGAAUCGUUACAUGGACCUAUAUUUUCAUACUUGCAAGUUUGAGAUUUGCUCUCUCCAAUACGCGGUGGAGGGUCCCAAGAAUAUGGAACCACACAGCUGCUUUGUACACUGCCCAAUGGCUCUUCUCGCUCGUCAUUUUCCGCUCCGCGUUCAUUCAUCCGCGCUCUAAGGUCAGCCAGGCACUCAUCGUCACGGACUUCGUGCUCUCUUCGCUUCUUUUCGGACUCGCAAUAACUACACGCAAGGGUAAUAAAGCUGUGGUAUUGGAGUGGGAGGGAGAUAUUGAACCUUCAAGGGAGCCAUUGGCCAGCUUGUUCUCCAUUGCCACCUUCGCAUGGGUAGAUGCCAUUGUUUGGCAUGGCUAUAUCAAUACUUUUGAGAUUGCAGAUGUCUGGAACCUUAUGCCAAAGGACAAGGCAACCACCGUCUUGGCAGACUAUAGACAGCUCAAAAAGACAACAGCUUUGACGUGGCAUUUAAUGGGCUACUUUAAAGGUCUACUUACUGUACAGUGUGCAUAUGCCGUCUUUUCUGGACUUUUCAAUUUCGCGCCUACAUUGUUGUUGAAAGCUAUUCUUGAAUAUAUAGAAGAUCCGGAUUCGGCGCCUCGCAAUGUAAUCUGGCUAUACGUCAUUCUUCUUGCAUUCACGGAUAUUCUCCGUUCGCUAGCUGAUCAACAAGCCCUUUGGAUUGGCCGCAAGAUCUGUAUAAGACUAAGAGCAAUCAUCAUUGGGGAGAUCUACGCCAAAGCAUUAAGAAGAAAGGCUGCAUCAGGGAGUGAUUCUGUCCUCGGAGCAAAGAAAGGCCCGAAGAAUCUAGAGAAGCCUAGCUGGUGGCGACGAAUGCUUGGAAAGAAGAAGGAUGAGCAAGCUUCCCAUGAUGCGCAGACUCCGCCAGACGCUACAGCUGAGAUCGAAAAGAAGACAGAUGAGCAAGCUAAUGUUGGUACCAUUAUAAAUCUCAUGUCUGUUGACUCCUUCAAAGUCAGCGAAGUCACUGCGUAUCUUCACUUUCUCUUUGCCGCUGCUCCAACCCAAUUGAUUGUAGCUGUCUACCUUCUCUAUCGUAUCCUUGGAAAGAGUAGUAUCCCAGGUCUCAUUGUUAUGACUAUUCUUCUCCCUGUGAAUAUCGGAUUCGCCCGUGGUUUUGGAGCUGCCCAGAAGAAAAUCAUGGCGGCCACUGAUAAAAGAAUCCACACAACUAACGAGGUGUUGGAAAACAUACGUAUUAUCAAAUAUUUUGCUUGGGAAAAGCGCUUCACUGAUAUUGUCAAUGAUAAGAGAGCUGAUGAGCUAAAAGCGUUACGCAUGAAGUACAUCAUAUGGGCUUUCGCUGUUGCUGUUUGGAACACUGUUCCAGUGGUUAUUACUUUCUUUUCAUUUCUCUAUUAUACAGUUGGAGAAAAGAAACCACUUUAUCCCUCCAUCGCAUUCACAGCUAUCUCACUUUUCAACAUCCUUCGUGUUCCUCUAGAUCAAUUGGGCGACAUGAUAGCUCAUGUUCAAGAAAGUCAAGUAUCGAUCGAUCGAGUGGAGGAAUUCUUGAAUGAAGACGAGACCGAAAAGUACGAUCAGCUCUCACACGAUAACUUGGAUGAGGAUGGCAAUCAAAUGAUCGGAUUUAGAGAUGCUACUCUGUCAUGGGGUGGCAAGGAGGCGUCCGCUGAUGAUGAUACAUCAACCGCAUUCCGGAUGAUGGAUUUGAAUGUUAAAUUCGCAAUUGGUCACUUGAACAUCAUUGCCGGACCCACUGGAUCUGGAAAGACUUCUCUCUUAAUGGCUCUUCUUGGUGAGAUGGCACUGAUUAAAGGAAAGGUGUUCCUUCCUGGUUUUUUCAGUCGUGAAGAUGUCCGACCUGAUCCCGAAACUGGCCUCACCGAAACCGUUGCCUAUUGCGCGCAACAACCUUGGCUCGUAAAUGCCGAUAUCAAGGAAAACAUCUUGUUUGCUGCCCCAAUGAAUGAGCAGAGAUAUAAAGAUGUAAUUGUUGCUUGCGCUUUGGAACGUGAUCUAGAGAUUCUGGAUGAUGGCGACGAGACACUCGUGGGUGAAAAGGGUAUCAGUCUUUCCGGUGGCCAAAAGCAGCGUAUCUCUCUCGCAAGGGCCCUAUAUUCAAACUCUAAACAUGUACUCCUCGACGAUUGUUUGAGCGCUGUGGAUUCCCACACUGCCAAGUGGAUAUUCGAUAAUUGUAUUCGAGGGCCAUUGAUGCUGGAUCGUACAUGCAUCCUCGUCACACACAAUUUAUCACUUUGUGUUCCCCAUUCUCGAUAUGUUGUUUGUCUUGAGAAUGGUAAGAUCACGGAACAAGGAUCCGCAGACAAGGUCAUGGCUUCAGGAAAGUUAGGAGAGGAAAUUAUCAAAUCACGUCCUGCUUCCGCUCCUCAUUCACGCAUGCCAUCUCGAGUUCCUUCCAGCGUUGGUGAUGAGAGUAGUGAAACUCUCAUUGAAGAUCAGCCCGCAAACGGUAAGCUGGAUGGUGCAAAUGGAAAGCCCAAGGCAAAGAAAUCCAAGCAAAAGAAAGAUGCCAUGGCCGAAACGAAGGCAGAAGGUGGCGUCAAAUGGAAAGUUCUCGUAUUGUAUUUGAGAGCCAUGGGCCCUUGGUGGUUCUGGGUACUCGCUGUAAUGGUCUUUGGUGUUCAACAAGUUGGAGCUCUUGGAGCCAAUGUAUGGAUUAGGGAAUGGGCAAAUCAAUAUGAUGCGGAAAGUGUGCGUGCCAAAUAUCACUUAUCAGCAAACAAUUACAUUGGCAAUACCAUCUCAACGGUUCAAGUCGCAAGCUCAAAGUUAUCACAAAUUCAACCAUUCUUCGACCCAAACCAGACUUCAAUUGUCGCAAAAUUUGCGCCAGAUGUUGAUGUUGGAUUCUAUCUCGGAGUAUAUGCAUUAAUUGGUAUCGCAUGCAUGUUAAUUGCCCUUUUCAGAGAUUUCUGGCUCUUUUUCGGCUCCCUUACUGCAAGUUGGAGAAUCCACAAGGAUCUGAUGAAAGCCGUCACCCGAGCAAAAUUCAAGUUCUUUGAUUCGACUCCGUUAGGCCAACUCAUGAAUCGAUUCAGUAAGGAUUUGGAAGCUGUGGAUCAAGAAGUCGCACCUAUUGCCAUCGGAGUCAUGUCAUGCGCUUUGGCAAUCAUCGUGACAGUCGCUUUGAUCACUGCCAUCACUCCUGGUUUCUUAAUUGCGGGUGUGUUCAUUAGCGCCAUGUAUUUCUUCGUUGGUAAAUUCUACCUCCGAUCAUCAAGAGAUUUGAAGAGAAUCGAAUCAAUUCAAAGAAGUCCGCUUUUCCAACAAUUUGGAGAAACACUCAAUGGUAUCACCACUAUCCGAGCUUAUGGUGAUGAGAAACGCUUUGUUCGAGACAAUAUGCUGCGAAUCAAUACCCAUAGUCGACCAUUUAUCUAUCUAUGGGCAGCAAAUCGAUGGUUGGCAUUCAGAAUUGACUUGGUCGGUGACUUUGUUGCAUUCUUCGCAGGAGCAUUCAUCGUUAAUAGUAUCGGAACAAUUGAUGCUGGCUCUGCUGGUCUUUCUCUGAGUUAUGCUAUCAGUUUCACGGAGAAUGUUCUUUGGAUGGUGCGACUGUAUUCCAUGAAUGAACAGAACAUGAACUCUGUAGAGCGAAUCAAGGAGUAUUUGGAUGUUGAGCAAGAAGCAGCGCCGUAUAUAGAAGAGACAGAGCCGGCUAAGAAUUGGCCGAGCCAGGGAUCUGUGGAGUUUAUCAAUUACACUACAAGAUACAGGGAAGAUUUGGAUCCUGUAUUACGAAAUGUCAGUUUUAAGAUUCGACCUCUGGAGAAGGUUGGUAUCGUUGGCCGAACGGGUGCAGGAAAGAGUUCUCUCGCUCUUGCGCUAUUCCGUGGUCUUGAAGCUGAGGAAGGAAAGAUUUUGAUUGAUGAAGUAGACGUUGGUCUCAUUGGCCUUCGUGAUCUUCGCGAGAGAAUAACCAUCGUGCCACAAGAUCCAACUCUGUUUACCGGCACCAUUCGAAGCAAUUUGGAUCCUUUCGACCUUUUCACAGAUGAAGAUAUUUUCACAGCAUUAAGAAGAGUCCAUUUAAUCGGUUCAGCAGGCACAUCGACAAACCCUUCUACACCUGGUGUCUCACGAGCACCCUCGCUUGAAGCACUACCAGGCUCUUCAACCACUAAUAAAAAUAUCUUUCUUAACCUCAAUUCCGCUGUUACCGAAUCCGGAAACAACCUCUCGCAAGGUCAAAGACAACUUCUCUGUCUCGCCCGCGCUAUGCUCAAACAACCAAAGGUUCUCAUGAUGGACGAAGCUACCGCAUCCAUUGACUAUACUACGGACUCAAAGAUUCAGGAAACAAUUCGAGAACUUAAGAGUACCAUCAUCACGAUCGCGCAUCGUUUACAGACGAUUGUGGAUUAUGAUAAGGUUUUAGUAUUAGAUAAGGGAGAGGUGGUAGAAUAUGCCCAUCCUUACGAGUUAUUGAAGAAGGAGGGUAAAGAUGCGAUCUUUAGGGGUAUGUGUGAAACGAGUGGAGACAUGGAUGGAUUAAUGGAGGCUGCUAAAAAAGCUUGGGAAGGGGCGAGACUGGUAGACGAUGAGUAG